AUGGUGCAGGUGUCCAAGCCCCUGGUGAUCGCCGGCGUGUCCGCCGUGGCGGCCGCCGCCCUCCUCGCCUUCGCGCUCGUGCGCGGCAACAGCUCCAGCGACGCCAAGAAGCAGGCCCAGCAGGAGGACGGCGUGCGCGAGGUGCCCAACCUGCACAAGGAGCAGCUCCUGAGCAUCCUCGAGACCAUUUGCACGCAGAUGGGCCAGGUCGUGAUGCAGCUGGCCAAGCUCGAGGCCAAGAUCCGCCAGGAGUCGUCCCAGAGCGGCCGCUCGCUGCCCGAGGACCAGCUGGCCUCGUACCUCAUGGGCCAGUUCGAGGAGGCCAUGAAGGCCAUCGAGUCGCAGGUCUACGCCAAGUUCCAGACCACGGAGGACGAGGUCAAGGUGGCCACCGAGUACUUCGAGGAGGACGGCGACAAGGACGUGGCCAACGCCGUGGCCAAGCUGCAGGAGCUCUACCGCGUCAUGACCGGCGGCGGCUUCAGCGACGUCGAGGUGCCCGCCGAGCUCACGCUCACCAAGUUCAUCGAGAUCAUGCAGGAGACCAUGGAGUCGCUCAACGUGGCCAUGGAGGAGGUCUGCCUCGAGGUCAAGGAGCUCAACCCGGACAACAAGGAGGAGGCCAUCAACCAGCGGUAUGUCAAGCGCGCAGACAACCUGUCGGCCGAGAUCCACGCCAAGCACGGCCUCACGCGCGAGGUGCUGCAGGCCGCCAUGAUGAAGUACCAGCAGGAGCCCGCCUUCCUCAUGGCCAUGACGGAGCUGCAGCAGCAGCAGGCCGAGCGCUUCGCGGCUGCCGCGGCCAUCUUCAACGGCGAGCGAAUUACUGCGGCUGCAGGCCAAGAAAUGUGCUCCCUGCUCCCCUUGCCGUCGCCUCGUCCUGAUAGAGAAGCGGCUUUAAGCUCCGUCUCGAGGCAUGAACCAGACGAAAGCGUCGAGAAAAUGUGGCGCUCCCAGUUCCGUGAUCGACAGCAGCCUUGUAUCGAAAGUGGCCGUGUGGACCGGACGAAGGUGCUGCACAAUAUGAAGGAAAAGCGGCAGCACGGGGAUGACGAGGACUCGCCGCUGUUCCUUUGGGGUUUACCUCGCGAGCACAUUCUCGAGUUUGUCCGUCAAUCGUUGCUGCCUUCUUCAUGGGCAAUCCACAAGUUCAUAGCUGAACUCCGUGCUGAUCCAAGUCUAUGGGCAGCGUUCCAACGGGAUAUCGAGCAAAUUCAACACCAACAUCGUCUGAAAAUACGCGAGAACAAGGACCGCGCUAGAACCCCCAGGUCAAUCGAAGCGCACGAGCUCAGGAAGAAACAAGCCGCGGAGAGAAUGGAGCGUACUCAGCGACAGCGGGAGCAGAUUGUUCAGCUAGAAGACGAGCGACUGGCAGCAAAACGCGAGGCCUAUCUACGCCGUGUAAACCCCACGAGGCAACUAUCAGCCGCGGAGCUGGAGUUGACAGUUCGCUAUCGCCGACGCAAGAUGUGGCUGCACGUCGUGUCUUUCGCUGCGAUCUCGCAUCGAUGGCACAAGCAGCUCCAGCACACCAAACACGUAAUGCUCAUGGCGAGGAUCGAACGCACCGCAGCAUCCACGAUCCAGAAGAUUUGGCGUAGAUGGAAAUGGCAGCACGCGUCCAAGCACACGGUCGUGAUCUACACGUGGCUGCGCAAAUGCAUGUGGAAAUUGCUGCUGCGAGUGCGUUGUCGUCGCAAGACACGGCAUGCAACUCUGCUGCGGCAGUUCAUGGUCGACCACUUCACGGAGAGUCACGCCACACGAAACUUUAACCGGAUGAUGGUCCAGUGGCGCAGCAAAGUCAUCCGCGCUCAGAAGGCCGGCAUGUCCUUUAUCCAUUGCAACCGGGCUCGAAUGCAAGCGCUGUCCAUCUGGUGGGACGAAGUGGAUCACGAGCGACAGCGUAUGGACCGCCAGCAGAACAGCAACAUUGACGACGGUAGACGACUCACGACUCGACAAUCUUCCGGUCGCAACCUUCUAGGCCCUGCUCCUGGGUCCGCAGGGUCAAGCCGAAAGAGUUUCUCUCGAGCAGGCUCCAUUGCGAUACUAGGAGGGAUGGACGAGAAGCUGGCCACUAUGCAGAUGCUUCUCACCCCCAUCGAGCUUCAGCGUCUGCAGCAAAAUUCAGUUCAAGUUGUGAAAAUCCCCAAAAGCAUCAAGAUUCGACUGCUGACGGAGCUCCUGACCAACGCAAGGAAGGACUUCAGACGCAGACAACAAGCGUACAAGGAAAUGAUGCUCUGCGCAAGCUACGCCAGAGAAGUAAAGCUGGAGGAAGCUCGUGCCAUUGUGCAGAGCUCUGUGAAGGCUGCGGACAGCAGUCGAAGCAUGACGCGUACAGCCAGCGUGAGUCGGAACAUGAACCCUCCUCCGUGCUUCUUGCUCUUCUCAGACCCCAACGGAGCCAAGACGAUGGAGGCACUUUCGCCUCAUUCCUCUCCUCGCCGACCUUCAGUAUCUUUCUCGGGAGCUGCAGUGUUGUCGGGUAACUCGGCUCCGUCAGCUUCACCAUCGGUUUUGCCUUCUCCGAGGUACAGCAUCCUGAAAAAGCCCACGCAGAGAAAUCUCUUCGCCCCAUCCGUCGUGUUCCCACCGUCGGUGCUCGCUGUCUCCACUGACAAGCCAAGCACGCCACCCACUCAAGCGACACCAAGCUCCGCUACACACCGCUGA